AUGAAGAUCGCCUUGUUGCUAGCAGUCUGGACUUGGUUGUCGUCGAGUGGCAAUGGCGCUGCCCAGCUACGAUUUACGACGGAGGAGUCGCUGGAUGAGAUUCAGGAGGACGAGAUCCACAAGUUGACGCCUGUCCAGCUGGAGAUGUCCCCAGGAGUUCCGCUCAGAACUGAUCGAGCAGCGACGUGGAGUCAGACCUUCUACCAGCUCUUGAUCUCGUGUGACCAUGGCACGUUGCAGCUAGACCGAGAGGUGGAACAGAGCCUGGUGGACACAACGUUCUUGUGUGCCAAUGAUUCCUUACAGAGCCGAGCGAUUGGUGCCAUCACGACGGCACAGGAGGUGCAGCACAUACUCUCCUCUAUUAUUUAUCAGCCCGAUCUCAAUUACCACAGCACGUGGUUCGGAGUGACGGAUCCCCUUUGCCUCACACGGAACGACGGCAAUGAAAUCGUUCGAAUGGAAAUAUCACCAGCGUAUGGAGGCACUUCACAGCUGUCGUUGGAUACGUGCGUUGCUGUUGAUCUCAGCGAUAAUUCACUUUCUUUGUCGGAUGUUGUCAGUACGCACGAGAAGAAGAUUUCAGUGACAAGCGUGAACGACCCACCGACAAUUGAACGUGAGCCAGGACCCGAUUUAUCUGUGCAAGCCGGAGGUGCUUGCAUAAAGCUUUCAGGAUUCACGCUUGAUGACGCGGAAGCUACUGCGCUUGAAAGUGUUCCCAGGGCACUGAUUCCUAUCUUAACUUUGCAGUUAAACGUCAAAACGGGAACGCUGCGGGUUAAUCGACGGUCUGCGUUGCAAAACGGGAUUCAUGCCAUCAAAAACGGUAAAAAUAUGGGAGAUUCCGAGCUAGCCUGGACCCUUCCCGAUCUUUUCGAUAGCCCAUUGACGCUAAAAGGUGCACUCUCAGACUUAAACGAGUUCCUGCCCGAAGUCGAGUAUUGCUCUUCUCCAGGUGAUAGCAUGCUGGUGUCGGAUGCAUUACUUGUGAUAUUGUCAGACAAUGGAUUUUGUGGUGAUCUUGGCAAGGAGAGUCUCUCUGCUUCUCUCGUGGUGCCUGUACAUAUUUUACCAACAGCUAAUCUUGGAAAACUUUUGAUGUUGAAGACCAGUAUCGUUCUGACGAAUCACUCGGCAUCGGUACCCUUGAGAUACACAUCUGUAAGAAUCGACGAAGUGGAAUGCACACUUGAGCUGAAAUACAGCGACGGAAUGUUAAUAGGGCUUGACUAUCAGACGGGCACGCUGUACAAAAAAACAAACAUGGCCUCUCCACACGCAUCGAGAACGCUUUCUAAUGUGCUGGUUCCGACGAACGGAUUGAUUGUUCGAUUUUGGGGAGAUAAAAGCAACCGCGAGUCGGCUAAUUUCAAGCUUGCUAGACGCGUUUGCAGCGUCGGCGAGAUGUGUCACCAACUGGAAAGUAAUCUCCUCUACGAAGAUUCUUCUGAUGAAGACGUCAUAGAAGCAACCCAAGCACUCACGCUCGACAAUGAAAGCGUUUCAGAAUUGCAGAUAAUUCGCUAUCCUGUAUCUCGCUUCUGGUUGAUUUGGAACAUCCCACUGACAUUCUCUCAAGAGGUUGUGGCAGCACCACGAUAUCCAGUCUCAGUGCAAACUGUUGGGCGAUGCUUUCGAUUACAAGGAAAGAGCGACCGUAUUGAGGCUCAAUUGAAAACUCUGACUCUCUACUCUCUAAUUGGUGGUGUGGGGAGUAAUAACCGUUUAAAUGUGACGAUAUCCACCUUGAACGACAAUGUCGUUCGCUCUCAAGAUGUAUUAUCUGCUCAAGUUGAUGUCUUUCCUUCACCAGUUUUGGAAAACAUUCAGCUGCUUCACCCGCGUGAAUUGGUUCUCGGUGAAAGCAGUGAAAUGUCUUUGGAGUCUACUGCAAUUUCGUAUCCUUCUACUUACGAUACUAACGCAGCUUUAAGGUGGAUUGUUCGAAGUACUAUCGGCUCAAUCUGGUGGGAUUCAAGAUCGAUAAGCCCCGCUAUUGUAAGUCGACAGAUAUCCAAGAAUGAAUUGGAGCUACGAGGGAGCUUCGUGGAUUUGAAUGCUGCUCUACCAAAUAUCCGUAUUGACGAGAGCGCUAUUCAAGACUCUGCGUUCACUAAUGUCUACGAGGACCAAACGUUCGAAUUGCUCGCUGUGCCUUUAACCAAGACGAAUAGUGUACAAACGCUAACUACUUCCUCCACUGAAGGUUCAAUUGUUGGAAGUUUUGUUCUUGGACUCGACCUGCCGGUACGCAUCUACCCCGACCUGGAACUUGACAUUGCUAGUGGUCAUUGUAAAUCAUCUUCAAUUGGAGCAAAUGAUAAUGUGGGGACAAUUUCGCAAAAAAUUACGCAGAUGACAUGUGACGUAGUUUCUGCAAAACCAUCAGACAAAGUAUUCAGACGCGAAAUUCAAUCCAUUCGCGUAUUCGCAUUAUAUCCAUCGCAGGUGGAUGAGCUGACCGGUACAUUUCGAGUUUCAUUCCGAGGGCAGACCUCCAACUUAAUUUCGCUUCAAUCAUCAACCGAGACAAUCAAAGCCGCGAUUAUUGCGGUUGUAGUGGAUGCAAACGGUAUCGAGGUUUCUCGCAAUGAGCUACCUGAAGAAAAUGGUUUUGAGUGGCGAGUGACUUUUGGAACAGAGGGAGACGUUGGUGAAGUGUUCAAGGUGGUCUACGCUGAGACGUCUGUCUCAUUUAAGAUGUUAACAACAGUGAAACGAAAGGGUCGGCGUGCCGCUGACUUGAGGUUCGAUACCUUUUACCCCGACAUAUCACUAUCGGCCCAGUGGAUAAAAUCGGCAAGUUCUGAGUCUAUCGCACUCGAACUUUCAUUCUCGAGUACAUUUGAGGAUAUACCAGCGCUGUCUGCGGAAUCAAGCACGCUUGCACCAGCUCAAACUGCUCAAUUGCUAGAUGUGGUGGUAAAAAACAGCAAGAGCUCCGUGAUUGCUGGCGCGACCGAUCUUUAUCGCCUCCAGGUUCAAAACCAUGUAACGCUCCCGUUGGCAUCCUGCUCGAAUGCUAGCAUUUUGGAAAAUGCUAUCCGUGGGUUACCAAUUGAAAAGUUACGUGUAUCAGUACGACGAAAGGCUUCAGCUUUCGUGCAAGGAAGGUUUGACUACACUAUAGUUAUGUCAGCUCCAUCUCUUUUGAGCUUGACUUUAAUAGCGGACGGCGCAACACCAUUGUCGAAGGCACUUUUUCGAUCGUCGAUCGUAAAUCGAGGAAGUGAAACCCUGAUUGCUUUUGACACUAUUUUGAUGGUUCUGGAAACAUUGGAUAAGCCCACGUUACUUUCUUCCGGAGAAAUAAAUGCUCAGGUGUCCAGGAUGAAAAAGAAACUGGGUAUCCAGCUGCCGGUGGCGUAUUUACAAGUUGAUCUCAAUCAGACCUUGACGAUUGCUGGCAUCGAUUUCGAAGGAUACAGUCACAAACUCAAUUUUACUGUAUCUUGUGCUAAGGGGCAACUUUACCUGCAAAAGCAAACCACAUUACCUCGUCAUGCUGAACCGGCGGAUUCGACGUUGAAGAUUAGCGGGUAUUUUUCGACCUUAAAAGAGGUCCUUCGACAGAGUCAUUUUGUUUAUUCUCCACAUGCUAACGCUACUGGCUAUGACAAGUUAGUUUUCGCGAUUGAAUCUCUCGAUGAUCGAGCAGUUGAAAUGCUGCCGGUUGUGAUUCAUUCGAGAGUGAAACUCCCUUCGUUGACAUUGCCAGUAUCGCCAAUGUCUGUAUUUGAGAAUGAGUAUGUCUCUAUAACAGGAGUGACCUUAAACCUUGCGGACACGAAAAACAGUAGUCCAAUGUUACGUGGAAUCACUGUACAAAUUACUACUCGGAGUGGGGUAGUGGGAAUAAGGACCAGUGGAUUUAAUCACGAUCUGCAACACAAUUCAACCAUCCAAAUUCAAGGCGAUGCUGAGAAUGUUAAUGCAGCACUGAAGAGAUUAAGCUACAGACCUGUUGCAGUCACUCCAUCAGAAGAUCAAAUACGCUUUUCAGUGUUCUGGACGGCUGAAAAUGGAGAGGAGAAUUCUCAUGUUACGUUUGGGACGAUACCGAUCAAGAUCAUCGCAAGACCCCUGGCAAUUAAUGUUCUUAAAGAUGGCAAGGCUGUUGGAGACAGAUCUCUAGUCACAACGACGAUGAAUGCAUCAGCGUCACUGGGUGAUUUGCUAAUCCAAGUUAAUGGUGGCGAUGGUCACAGGGAAAGCUGUAACACUCUUGGUGGACAACUUAGCAAUUUAUGCAAUGUUACACUCGACCUCUCUCUUUUUGCAGGGCAUGGAUUAAUUUCCAGUAGCUCAGAGACAUUUUUGCAAGACAGAGCGCAAGACUCCCCGCUGGGUUUGGUACGUUUUAUUGGCAGUGUGGGGGAGGCUAAUAGGUUUCUUCAACAACAAGACUACGUUCCAGAUGCGAAGUUUUACGGGCCUGACCAAAUAGUGAUCAACAUUAAGCACAUAACAUCAGUGACUGACGAGGAGUGGAUGGACGAAGAUGCAGUGUUAUUACCAGUGUUUGUUUCACUUGCGUGCGAGGCUCCUCAAUUGAUUUGGGCUGAUAGUGGUACAAAUUUCAUGAGUUUAAGCAUGCCCACCUCUUCUCCUUUCACGUUACCAGAAAUUCUGAUAAUUCAAGAGGGACUGGAGACAGGGUAUUGCCAGGAUGAUAAACUUUUUCACGUCAUUGUUGAAUCUGAUCAAGUCUCACCCAUGGCGACAUCGACGGUGGUUACACGAACACUUGAUGAUCCCCGUGCUCUAGUCUUGAAAGGACUGAUUUGGGAUUUGAAUUUGGCACUGAGGUCUGUGAAAUAUAAAUUUGAGAUCCAUCGGAAGACUCAAAUUCCUUUAACAGCAAGUGUAAAAGUUCACGUGGAAGGAGGAACGACUCAAGAAAAUAAUUUGAGAAGCUCUGCAGUUCUUCAGCUGAAAUUUAUUGGCAAUACUAGACUUUUACAUAUGUUGGUGCGAGAUACUAUUGUGGGUUUUGAAGACACUGAGAUUCCGAUUGGUGACGAGAUUAAUUUGGAUGGGUUUGCAGACCUUACAGGCGAUGGUAUCAUUAUUAUCAGUGUGCACAACGGUGCCGUUUACGCAGCAGCUGAUUCUGUCAACAUUGAAGCAAGUGCUAAACAACGAGUCAACACUAGUGACAAAAGCUAUCUACGAUCGGUUAUGUCAAAUUUGCGUUACAUCUCGAAUCCAAAUUUCAAUGGUAUCGACGAGAUUCAUUUCAAAACGCAAACCCACGAAAGUGUUCUCUACAUCUACAUCCAGGCUGAAAAUGAUCCCCCUGAAUUCACGUUCAACUCAGGUGAACUGAAGGACUGGUACAAGUACCCACGAACAUUCAUUCCAACCUUUCAGCUCAAGGACCCGGACGACGACCAAACAUUUCAAGUUGAUAUCCAUGCUGAAAAUGGAUCGUUGUCUCUGGACCAGAUAUCUAGUCGUUCUUUCGAUGGCGUUACGGUGGAAUUCAGUUCAUUGUCGUCGUCGCUACGGAUGACGUCAAGUUUGAGCAGGUUGAAUACUAUUCUCCUUCAACGUUUGAUUGAAGUUAUUCCACACAACUGUGUCAAGGAUGAUUCGAUGCGCGUAAAUUGCGGUGUAUCGAUCGAAAUAUGCAUUGAUGACGGCUCCGACAGCGUUUGUCAAGAGCUUCGCCUACCUCAACAGGAACUAUUCUAUCGCGUUACUGUACCUGACUGGGCCAAGAGCUUGAAUGUAUCAAUGGGCAGUUCGUUGAAUCUUUCGAACGCCUUUGAGGUACGCCAGAGAUCCGAUGCGAUGUCUGAUUUGCUCCUUCGUGUUCAUGUGUCGUCUGGAUCUGUUCGAAUUGAUGUACCAACUUGUGCCGAGUUACGUGAUGUAGUUGACGCGAACCAACAACAACGAUCAGCGCUAACUGGAGUGAGUCAGACAAUAUAUGCUCGAGAUAUCGCAUGCUUGAACGAAGCGUUGGCAACGCUUCAACUACAGAGCGCGUACAAUGAGAAUAAUUCGCUCAUCGUUCAGCUUGAGCUCUUCAGUGACGAUAUGAAAGUAUUAGCGGACGGAAGUAUUAUCGUGAAAGUCACUGACAAAAUAUUACCCUGGCGGAUUAUCUCCGUGCGAGCGACACACGAUAAACCCUGGGUGGUUACGAUAGGGAAGUACGCAAAAUUGUCAUCGCUUGUAAAUAUUUCUAUCGUUGCGGAUCCAGUGGGUACCUUCAGAAAUGAAUCCAACGAAAACGUACUACAGUUAAAUGUUUCCUGCUCGAUGUGCGAGUGGAAAUAUCAAGAGUUCGUACCAAGGGUAUCUUAUGAAUUCGCUCAAAUUCCUAACUCUAAGCUCACGUUUAUAGGACUAAUGGGCUCCAUGAACGAGGUUCUUAAAACUCUCGAGCUUAUGUUGGCUAUUAACAGCGAUUCUGGCACCGAAACGGUUCACUUCCAAUUGUCACCAGUGUCUCACAUGGUGCGAGGAAUGGAGCCCCUUUGGAGCGAGAGCACUAACAUCUCGAUUCCUUUUACUACCAAGUAUUCGUCGCUUUUGUGGGAUGCACAACAAACGUUGUUUAUCCUGCAAUCGCCGGAUUAUAGUGCUGAUUUAAGUGGGGUGAAACUCACAGGAAUGGAGGAAAAUCCUUCUCGUAAUUUGACUAUUCGAUUAGAUUGCACACAUGGAAACGCAAUAGUGAGCAUGCCCAAAGUGACGUCGCUGUUCCUGGAACUUCCCUGUGGCUCUGAUGAACCUGCUAUUAAUUUUACCACAGCGCGAUCUAGCGUGGAUAAUUUUAUCAGUUCAACAAUUAUCAAAGUGAUUCCGAAUGCGAGAGACCGUCGUAUGGAACUACAACUCACUGCUGUUGACUCCAUAUCUGGGGGUUUUGGUGAUGAAACGUCCAUAAAACUGCAGUACCGCUCUUUACUACAGUCUCCAGUGACUUCGAUGGAGCCACACAACGCAUCUCUUACGAUUCAAGUAAAUAAGGAGAAAGUUCAGUCAACUGGGGAUUUAGUAGCUGUGGAUGGAGAUCUUGAUGACCCGACGUGGUAUAGAAUGAGAGUGCGAGUCGCUCAUGGACGAUUAUCUAUCCCAACCACUGUAUGCUGCGUGGAUAUUCGCGAGACUAAGACUGAAAAUGAGCUUGAUAUAGUUGGUUCGGCAUUGGCGCUAAAGCAGGCCCUUGCUGCAGUACAAUUUCAAGUCAAUCAAAACUUUUGGGGUAAAGCUUCGUUAGAGGUGACGAUCGCGUUGUUUUCUCCGUCACCGCUUUGGCCAAACGUUACGUUCUUGAACUUUUUUGCAAAGACUCCUGUACUGGUUAGUACGUCUUUACAAUCUUCUCAAAAACGACCAGAUAAUCCGACCAGAAAUGCUGUUGCAGAUGUUGAAGAAAGCUGGAGCAUUUCUGGGAUCUACAUCGGUGAUGAUGGAGAAAACUUAGAUAUGGAGAUUGGAACAGGCAACGAAUUAUUUUUCCGGACUAUGUGGGACGAAUUCCAGCUUGAUAAAGAUCACAUUUACACAUUCACAUCAGCAGAUACUGCUGUAGAUAAAUUGGAUAGAUGGAACGUGGCACUUGAGACCCUACAGUAUCAUCAGCAGAAUACAACUGUGAUCCAAGUUAGAAACCCUCUCGCACCGGUUUCUCAUCAGCAGGAAAGUGAUUCACACUAUGACGUACCCGUUCCUAUCGUCACUACUGGAGCAAAUUUAUACUACAGCUCCGAGGACUCAGUCUUCCAAUUUCCUGAUCUCGCUCUUCAAUUUCCCAAAAGCAAACCCAUCUACUCCGCACAAGAUGAUCAAUUACCUAGCGCUGUGUUGACCUACCGACCAACCAAGUAUGUAAAUCCUCGAAACGAUGAUGAUGACAGAAGGAUAUAUCAGCUAGAAAUUCGCGUAAGCUAUGGAUCCAUCUCUAUGAUUCGUCCAGACACUUUGAAUGGUGAUGAUCAGAAGACACGCCAGAGCCGCUUAAAGCUCGAAGACAAUGUGAUGAACCUGGAGCGCGAUCUGAACCGUCUUAUUUAUUUUCCACCGCAAAAUUGGAACGAAGAGCAGUUUCCUGGAGGGCACAUCGUGGAGUGGCAAUUUGUGGUGUCGUUCGAAAGCAAAUCGGUCGAAUCGUUCGCAGAUCUUGUGAUUUUAUCGAAAAUCGACGCUCCUGUGAUUUCAGUUCCUCAUGCUCUGGAGGACUCAUCUCAUUACAUGAAUGACUACCUUUCUGUGCUGAGACUGGAGUGUUUGCCCCUCGUGUGUGAUGAAGACACUCCUAUGGUACUCGACGGGUUUUCUGUGAGAAGUGCCGAUACAACAAAACAGCAGAAGGCGACUACAGAUCUACUUGUGAUUAGUAUAUCUGUUUAUCAUGGGAUUAUUUCUCUUGGUGACACUUGGCGCACAAACUGCAUCAACGGAUUUAUGGGUGCCCAAUCGUGGAAACGCAUAUCAUUUAAGGCGAAUGUGAAUUGUGUGAAUAGAGUACUGCCGGGAAUGGUGUAUAUCGGCGAGCCUAACUUUAGCGGUACUGAUUUGCUCAAUAUCCGAGUGGAGCAUGCGUCGGAACUGGACAAAGCAUUUGACGAGGUCAUAGUCCCAGUCAUUGUGAUUGAACUAAACGACGCACCAUAUAUUACAGUAGACUCGAUAUUCUAUGAAGCAGACGAAGAUAUUCCGCUUGUGAUUGACGACUUACGCCUUCGCGAUCCCGACGCGCUGGAUGAAUCACUUCGUGUAAUACUGGAGACCAACUAUGGGCAACUUGCUCUGCUGAGGCCUAACGGUGUAAAACUGACAACUGAAUUGGUCCAGAACGCCAGCAGCAGCAGAUCCAGAUUGACAUUAGAAGGAACACUACGUAACCUUGAUGCCGCCAUUGCUUCUGUCGUUUACACUUCAGCGAAAGACUGGAACAGUUUGCAGCUCCGUUCCGACGACGGAAUGAACGGGUUUGAUACGAUUAGUAUCACCUCAACCGAUUUAUCAUCAUUUAAUGGAUCGAGUGUGUCUUUGCUAUUCGUUUACGUGGAGCCAAGGCCUGAUCCAGUUCUGAUUGGCACUCCAUCAAAUGGCUUAUCGAGCAUUUAUGCGAAUGAUGAACCGGGAACGCUCCGUGGCGAUGAAGAUACGUGGAUUAACGUAAGAGGAUUGGCAUUCUUUAGCGCUGAUGCCACGUCACGGGCGACUCUGGUUGUUUCAUUAUUAGUGACGCGUGGUAUUCUCUCUUUGGGAAAUAGUCGAGGCCUCACUUUUCUUGAAGGCACUAUGGACGGAGGCAGGAGCUUAAAAUUGAAAGGUACUUUUGCCAACGUGAACGAAUGCACGAUUGCUCUGCGAUAUCUUCCAAGCAAAGACUUUUACGGCCAGGAUUUGUUAGUUGUGACUGCUACUGCGGUUGAUGAGUACACGCAGCAACAAACCCCGUUGUCAUCCAUUCGCGUUGAUAUUGUGGUGGACGCCGUAAAUGACGCGCCAGUAUGGAAUACCGGGUCAUCUAUCGUUCGUGAAAUCCAGCAAGAUCAAGCCGCAAGUAUUGGAGGAAUAUCAUUUCAUGAUGUUGACGUUGAUGCCGUGGACUGUACCGUUGAAAUUUGUGUGAUGGAUCUGAUUGUUGAAACCAGUGGUGGCUUUGUAGUUUUACCAAAUCAAUCGUCUCCUUUGUUUUCCAAUGACAUGACUACCAAGCAGGUAACAUACACAGUCCUUUCGGGAACACCCGACGAUUUGAACAUGCUACUUUCAGAAAUGACAUUUAUGCUCGCCGAUCCUGAAUACUAUCGAGCUGAUAACCCAAGCAGCACUGACAUUAAACUACAAUUGACUGUUGACGAUAGAGGUAUAUCUGGUUCGGGUGGACCUCAAAUCAGCUCAACGACAAUAGUAUUCAGUCCUGUGAAGUGGUCAAGCUAUGAGUUGUCGCUGCUUGUGCCAGAAGAUUUACUGACACUGAACGAGGAUACAGCUUAUAGUUUUGAAGGAAAACUCCAACUGGUCGAUCCUGAUUCGGCGCAAUCAUUCCGCAACCUUUUCGAAUUAUCGAUUAAUUGUACGCAUGGGGUGUUCGCGCUGGGUAGCGCAGUGACUGGGGUUCAGGUGUUGCAGAACGAUUCGGACGAUGAAGUUGUGCUUCGAGGCUUUUUUGCUCAGUUAAAUGCAGCUUUAAAUGGGAGUUCCUAUAUCCCUGCUCCAAACUGGUAUGGUUCAGAGGAAAUUUCACUUUCAGUGAUAGAGUUGAGUCACCUUGAGAAGCCUAAAAAAACUGUGGUGGCCUCCAUCUUUCUGUUUGUUGCUCCUGUUUGCGACGAGCCCCACUGGUCUGCUCUUGCGGAAACCCCACUUACAAUGCAAGAAGAUGGAUACCUGCUAAUAGAUACACUGUCGCUGACCAACCCAGACCUCGAUGAUAAGCAACGCGAAGUCGAGGUGACAAUUAGCGUGGCGCAUGGUGGCGUGAUGUUAUCGAUGACAAAAGGUCUUCUUGUUCAGGAAGCUGUGUAUAGCAUUUCAGAGGAUAGAUUGGUCGCUCAGCACAUUACAGUAGGGCAUUUGUUUUCCGAAUCAAGUCAUUUCUUCAAGGACCUCGCUGUUCGUGGACGAGUUAGUGACAUUAACGUUGCCUUGAAUGGUAUGGUAUUCAAGCCAUGGCUCGACUACAAUUCUGAUGGCUGGCCCGUGGACGAAAUAGUGCUGACUGCAACAAGUUUUUGUGGUAACUCGACGACAAGUCACGUUACGAUUCCGAUCGCUAUCUUUGCCGUUAAUGACCCUCCAGUACUAAUCUCUCAGCACUUUCAGCCCGUUGAAUCGCCGUAUUCCUUCGGCAGUCUGGAAGCUAUGUCGUGGCGGUCUUCAAUUGAAGCCAAAAAAGACUCCUCACUGCAGUUGGAGUCGACCGAGCUCUACAAUCCCGACGGCAGUGGUGAGCUCCGGCUUCUUGUAAAUGUUUCGUGCUUUCACUGUUCAAUUACCUCCGAAUAUCUAUCACAUCCUUCGGAAACCCAACCAAGCGAUGAUCUUAUUGUAGUGACUCGAAACCCGAAGAAUGAUGAAGGUGUUCAGCUCAUGGUUCACGGGACGCUAGUAUCACUGAACAGUGGCCUAAUGCGUCAGCUUUUUUUCCGGGGAGCUGAUAACUUCAUCGGAUUAGCGUUUGUGCUGGUGGAGAUAUCCGACUUCGGAAAUUAUGGAGAGGAAGGUGCACUUCGCUCAGUAUUUGUGUUGUGUGUUAGAGUUAAUCCGUGA